GUCUUGAAGCCACUUCUAUGUUGGGCUCGACGAAAGGGGAUAAGGUUGUCAGCAUACCUGGACGAUCUGAUCUUCAUGGCCAAGUCGCGACAAGAAUCCCUUCGACACACAGAACAGAUUACUCAUCUGGGUUUCACCAUCGAGAGCAACAAGAUGUCACUCUCGCUACCCGGCAAGAAAGUUCGCUCGAUUCGCAGGACAGCUUACAACCUCCUGAAGAAGACAUCGGUCUCAUGGACAGCCUUGGCCCGCUCUGCGGGGAUAGCGCUCGCUAUAUCUCUAGGCAAUCAACAAGCACGCUUUCGCACGAGGCAUAUGGUAUCCCAGUUGAAUCUCUUUUGGCGUCAACACCAAUGUCCCUUGAAUCCGAAGAUCAAACAAGAACUCGUAUGGUGGACUACACAGCUCGCGAAAUGGAAUGGACAGCAUAUCCUGACACAUCAACCUACUACUCAAGUUUUUACGGAUGCCUCAAAUCAAGGCUGGGGCAUCGUUUCCAACCAACAUGGACAUCGAUGGAACGCCGCUUACAUAUCAACAUCAAAUAACUCUUAGUGGUUUGGAAGCUUCUGAAACACUUCUC